ACUAAUAAAUCCUUCGAAGAAAAAAGGCUGAUAAAUCCUUCGAAAAAGGCUGGUUUAUCUCUUUGUAUUGGUCCACUAUGAUUAUUGUUCUUGACUCUCUCUCCAUUUGUUCACUAUGAGUCUAUGAGUCAACUAAUAAAGCCAGUUGAUAAAAAAAAAGCUCUCGAGUCUCUCUGUACUUCUCCUCUACGUGUUCAAUGCUUAUGCAUUCAAAAAUAAAACAGAAAACAUACCGAUGAAUUCCAGGCCAAGUAAUCCGACAAAGCUCGUAAUACGAUCUUCAACGCUUUUAUUCUGUGGUGUUGUUCUCAUUCAUCUUUUUGCUGCUCAAAUUGAUGCUCAAAGAUCAACAAGUCGAUGGCAGACGCUCAAUGGUGAGAGUUGCUCUCACUUUAUCUCUUUCUUUUGUGCAUUGUUUCCAAGAAAACAAGAGAACUUAUGUAUCAGUAGUACUCAAGUAGUACUUUCUUUCUUUAUCCAUAUGUGUAGUAGAAGUUGGCAUAAUUAAUUAACUUCGCAUUGAUUUCAGGAGAACAGUUAUUAAACUCCAAUAAUUACUUUGAUUAUGUGAUGCUCCACUGGUGAUUGCUCGUGGUGGGUUCUCUGGAUUGUAUCCAGAUUCGAGUAUCGCUGCUUAUCAACUUGCAACCCUGACAAGUGUAGCCGAUGUUGUUCUAUGGUGUGAUUUGCAGCUAACAAAAGAUGGGCUUGGGAUUUGCUUCCCUGAUUUAAAUCUGGCCAAUGCUUCAACUAUUGAUCGUGUUUACCCAAAUCGUGAAAAAUCUUACUCUGUUAAUGGAGUCACUACUAAGGGUUGGUUCCCCAAUGAUUUCUCCUUGACAGAGCUCCAGAAUUUUUUAUUGAUCCGAGGAAUACUUUCACGAACCGAUAGAUUCGAUGGAAAUGGAUAUCUGAUUUCGACGAUUGAAGAUGUAGUAACCACACUAAAUCGAGAAGGUUUUUGGUUAAAUGUUCAGCACGAUGCGUUCUAUGAGCAACAGAAUCUGAGCAUGAGCAGUUUUCUGUUAUCAGUUUCAAGAACUGUUUCCAUUGACUUCAUAUCUUCCCCUGAAGUGAACUUCUUUAAGAAAAUUACUGGCAGUUUUGGGCGUAACGGACCGACUUUUGUGUUCCAGUUUCUUGGGAAAGAAGAUUUCGAGCCGACAACAAACCGAACAUACGGUUCUAUCUUGAGUAACCUAACCUUUGUCAAGACGUUUGCUUCAGGGAUUCUUGUUCCAAAGUCUUACAUAUUGCCACUUGAUGACGAACAGUACUUGGUUCCACAUACAUCCUUAGUUCAAGAUGCUCACAAAGCAGGAUUACAAGUAUAUGUUUCAGGUUUCGCAAAUGACGUUGAUAUUGCAUAUAACUACAGUUCCGAUCCAGUGUCCGAGUAUCUAUCUUUUGUGGACAAUGGAGAUUUCUCUGUCGAUGGUGUGCUCUCUGAUUUUCCUAUCACUGCAUCUGCGGCCGUUGACUGCUUCUCCCACAUUGGCCGAAACGCUACAAAACAAGUGGAUUUUCUUGUUAUAUCAAAAGAUGGUGCGAGUGGGGACUAUCCUGGAUGUACAGACUUGGCAUAUGAGAAGGCAAUCAAAGAUGGUGCUGAUGUUAUCGAUUGCUCAGUCCAAAUGUCUAGCGACGGUGUACCCUUUUGCUUAAGAUCGAUUGAUCUCCGGAAUAGCAUAGCGGCCCUUCAAAAUACUUUUAGUAACCGCUCAACUUCUGUUCCUGAGAUUAGCUCAGUUCCUGGAAUAUUCACUUUUAGUCUCACAUGGCCUGAGAUCCAGAGCUUGACUCCUGCUAUUUCAAACCCCUUCAGGGUUUAUAGAAUUUUUAGGAAUCCGAGAGAGAAAAAUUCAGGGAAGCUCAUUUCCCUUUCUCAAUUCCUAGACUUGGCAAAAACUUACACUUCUCUCUCCGGUGUUUUGAUCAGUGUAGAGAAUGCAGCAUACUUGAGAGAGAAGCAAGGGCUUGACGUGGUUCAAGCGGUUCUCGAUACACUCACCGAAGCUGGUUACAGCAAUGGAACAACCACAACAAAGGUCAUGAUUCAGUCUACGAACAGCUCGGUUCUAGUUGACUUCAAGAAGCAGAGCAAGUACGAGACUGUGUACAAAAUUGAAGAAACCAUUGGUAAUAUUCGUGACUCGGCCAUCGAAGACAUAAAGAAGUUCGCUAACGCUGUUGUCAUCAACAAAGAUUCAGUCUUUCCUAACUCUGAUUCGUUUCUCACUGGCCAAACCAAUGUUGUGGAGAGGUUGCAGAAGUCUCAGCUCCCGGUUUAUGUAGAACUGUUUAGGAAUGAGUUUGUCUCUCAAGCAUAUGACUUCUUCUCUGAUGCAACCGUAGAGAUAAACGCAUAUAUCUAUGGAGCUGGUAUCAAUGGAACCAUCACAGAGUUCCCUUUCACAGCUGCAAGAUACAAAAGGAAUCGAUGUUUGGGUAGAGAAGAAGUACCACCUUACAUGUUACCAGUUAACCCCGGUGGCCUCUUAAACGUUAUGAGUCCUCUGUCCUUACCUCCAGCACAAGCUCCAAACCAGGAUUUCAUAGAGGCUGAUGUCACUGAGCCACCACUAUCUCCGGUUAUAGCAAAAGCUCCAACCUCAACCCCUGGAACUCCCUCAACCAUUGCUCAAGCACCUAGCGGACAAACCCGACUUAAGCUAUCUCUUCUCCUCUCUGUUUUUUUCCUCUCUCUUCUACUUCUAUGAUCAACGCUAUAUCACAUCUCUUCACUGUUUAUAAUGUCUUCCACCCUCAUAAAGAUUUCCUUGUGUGAGAGAGAGUAGAGUUUAUAUGUGUGCAUGUUUACAUUUUUGUUUUAUAUAUGUCAUUUGGUUACUGUUGAUAUGAGCCAAAAAGCUUUAGACUUCGAUCUCGUAAUAGUAGCCGUUGUUUAACAUGAAAAAGAGAUAACUAUGUAAGCAAACUUCAUCUCUUAACCCUAGUCUCUCUUGGAGAUUAAUGUUACUUCUUGGAAGUUGGUUUCUUAUUGAUCAUAAUUCAUAAGAGACCCUUAC